AUGGCCGCACCUCCCACUCUGCCGGUGGUUGCCCCCUCAACUCAUGCAGUGAAACCUCAGAGCAGAAAGAGUACGGAACUACCCCUACCCAGCGUUACUGCUUCUAACAACCUCUCAGUUGAGGAUUUCAGGGAAGGGUACCCGAGGUUUACGUCGCUCAUCUCGUCGCAUGAUCCAUUCUUUUUGUUUCGACGGUUUGGCAGGCUGCGUGCUCGCCUUUUGUUGAUAAAGCAAGAUAAAUUGGCUGUUUUGGAUAUAACAUUUAUGUGGCACGGCCAAGUGAUUAAUAGCAAGAGCCCAGUGUACACGUCCAAGUUGAAAGCUAGAGGACAUCACUAA